GUUACCCCCCUUUACAUACCUCUCCGAAAAUGGCAGACACCAACAGAGAGAAAUGUAGCCAUAGUCAACCAAGCACUGUUAUAAUAAGGGAGCCAGGUGAAGAGGGAGGCGAUGCAAGAGAUUGUGAGUUUGAACUGGAGAGAGCUUCAUUUGCUCAAACAAAGACAAUUAUCAUUGAGUCAAGCAAACUUGGAGACAUGACAGCAAGAUGGAUAACUGUUGGAAACUGUUUGCAUAAAACAUCAGUAGUAUCAGGACUGACUUCUAUGGUCUGCAUGUAUUUCUAUCCUGAUCGAAGCUUUAUUUAUUUCCCACUUGGACUUGUCAGUGUAACCCUUGCUGGGACAUAUGCUGUUUCCUGGCAGUUUGAUCCUUAUUGUAAAUACCAAGUGGAGCACAAUGUGCACAGACUAGAGAAACUUCCCCUCCACAAUAUUGCCACCAGUUCUCCCAUUGUGUUGAUUCGACGUGAUGACCAUAGACGUAAAGUUCUCCACAAUAUAGUAGCACUCGCAGCAGCAGGACUAUGUGCAUGGAAAGCUUACAAGUUGUUUGUAGAUUGACAAUUCUAUAUUCUGUUACAAAAGUUUUAAAGAAUUCAUUACAGUUAAAGUGCUUCAUAAUGUCUAUUGAUUAAAUUUAGUUUACAUUUAAACAAAAAAUAAUGGCAAUAAAAUUAAUUUGCAUAGUAAACCUA